AAAAAAUAGCAUAUUGAGGUAGUUGCUUUCUGAGUUUGAGAGAGGUAACGUAUGAUAAAGAUGGCAUUACGUAUACAAAACCGUCAUGAUGCAUGACGUGCGUACUUGCGUCUUUUUUCAAUUCAAGAAGAAUCUUGCUCAACUUUGAUUUUGUGAUUGGUAAACAAAGCCAAAACAUUUUUGGUCGAAUGUCCCACGUAUCUUUCGCUAAAUGCAGCUGUACGACGAAUAAUACGUCUUUUUGUGACCAUUGCCGACUUUGGGGCCCAAUUAAUGCCAUUCAAACUCAUGCACCACACAGCAAAGUAUUAGUGAAGUAAUAGUGAAGUAGUCCAGCUUUUUGGUGACGUUUUUCCUCCAUCUAAACUAAAACAAACAAAAUCGCCCACCAAAGCACUUUCUUAGAUUGGUCACAAGGACUUAAAGAUUAGUCCAAUUCAAUCAUACCCUUUUCUAUCGUACUUCUUGGUGCAGUUUGCAUUGCAUCUGAACAUAAUUGUGAACUACAACUGAAUUUCAAAGGUGCCUCGAAAACUUUUACUUGUGUACUUUUAAAUGUUCGAUCCACAAAGUGCAUCUUCUGCUUUUCACGUACGUCGAAGUAGGAAAUCGUCUCAAGAAUCAAAUAUCAAAUACCACCAGUACAUGUAUCUAAAAGAUAGUUAACUUUUCAUGCGAGCACUCGAAGAACCGAACCUAUAAAUAACUUGUCAAAAUGGUCUCGUUCAUCACAUCUCGUUCUUCCAUUUGGAGCUUAACAGCCCACAAUUACAUCCAAAAUGAAGGUCCUCGUUCUCAUUGCUGCUAUCCUCUGCCUUAUUGCUCCCAUUCUGGCCAAACCCAGUCAUGGCGGCGGCCAUGGUGGCGGCUUCGGGGGUGGCCAUGGCGGCGGCCAUGGAGGCGGCCACGGUGGUCAUUACUCUUUUGGUUACAAGGUGCAUGAUGGCUACAACAACUUUGGACAUUCUGAAAGCCGCCAUGGAGGCCACACCAAAGGCCAAUACCACGUCAAACUCCCGAACGGCAAGUUGCAGACGGUCAACUACCACGUGGAUGGGUAUUCCGGAUACGUGGCCAAGGUUCAUUAUGGCCACUAAGUGGUUAUUUUGAGAUAGUUGUCCCUCUGUCUUUGGAAAGCGAGACUUUCUAUAACGUUUUAUGACCAUGUGUGCUAACUACUUCAACUCCGAAAUAUAGCACAUGCUGCGGAACUGCCAA